UUUAUGCAAAUCUUAGUUAAUCUUCUCUCUGUUCAUAACUUGACUUUUAGAAGUUAGUAAUUCAAACACAUGACUUCUGAGUUUAAAGAUGAUCUUUGUUACAUUUGAAUAACUGUUAGGGUUAGGUGAAAUUUAUGAUUUACGGUAUUAUUUUCAUCCAGAAUAAUAUUUGUGGUGACUAAUAAAAUUCAAAAAUUUCCGAAAAUUUCCUUUUCUCUCUGGACUUCAAUUGUCUAAGACAGGAGAUUAGCUUCCUAAUCCUCACACGCUCUUCUAGGGUUUGAUUGGCAGGAAAAUGACAGCAUUCAGAACCACAACAAGCUUGAUUGCCAGAGAACUAUUCUGGUCAUCGCUUCCGUUGGCAAGGGUGCGCAUAUUACAUUCAUCACCGCCGAGUUUGUACUUUGGUGGGACCACCCUCCGCCUCAUAUCGCGAGUCAGCUAUAGCUCAAUUCGGUGCUCUGCGGCUUCAGAAUCCGGCGAAACCAGAAAGAAGGCGUCGGCGCGGUUGUCUCAGGUUCAACAGCUUUUGCUUGAAGCGACGGAGCGAGCUAAAGCCGCCAGCAAUGAACCUGUCCCUAAAAUCACUCUUGACCAUGUUACAGUGAACUUUGCAAGAAGUGGUGGGCCAGGUGGUCAAAAUGUAAACAAAGUGAACACCAAGGUAGAUAUGCGGUUCAAUGUUAAAAAUGCACAUUGGUUAAGUGAAAGGGUGAGGGAGAAGAUUAUACAAAUGGAGAAGAAUCGUAUCAACAAAGAUGGGGAGCUUGUGAUUUCUUCAACAAAAACUAGAACACAGAAGGGUAACAUUGAAGAUGCUUUGGAGAAACUACAGGUACUGAACAUUGUAUGCAGUAGUAAUAUGCUGCCACUGCCACUGCUCGGGAAAAUGACAGCAUUCAGAACCACAACAAGCUUGAUUGCCAGAGAACUAUUCUGGUCAUCGCUUCCGUUGGCAAGGGUGCGCAUAUUACAUUCAUCACCGCCGAGUUUGUACUUUGGUGGGACCACCCUCCGCCUCAUUUCGCGAGUCAGCUAUAGCUCAAUUCGGUGCUCUGCGGCUUCAGAAUCCGGCGAAACCAGAAAGAAGGCGUCGGCGCGGUUGUCUCAGGUUCAACAGCUUUUGCUUGAAGCGACGGAGCGAGCUAAAGCCGCCAGCAAUGAACCUGUCCCUAAAAUCACUCUUGGCUACACUACAUUCAGAGUGCCAAUCUUCUUUUUCCAGUAUGUUUUGGUGAAUGUGAAUAUUGCUAGGUGA